AUGUCUUCACCAUCCGACAUUAAAGACAACGGCGAUUGGACAGUCAUUUACGAUGACCAGGAUGAGGAUGACCAAAAUGGCAAGAAAGAAGAAAAGCUUUCCGGAAGGAGAAAGACUCUCUCGCGAACUUUGUCUAUACCAAAGACCAUGUCUAUUAUGUCCGACAACAAGACUGAGAUAUCAACAGUAGCCGAGCUCUUAUCCCCGAAGUUGAAGUUACCUCAGCUAGGCACUGACUCGGCGGAGAGAGUCUUCCCCGUUCGCUCGGUCGUCUCAUUUGAUUCCACCCCUUCAUCUGCCCUACAGACACCUUCCCUCGAUAAGCUCGAAACACCAAUAUCUCCUUUUUCAGACACAUGGAGUGCAGGCUUCAACGAACAAGCGGGCUAUCAGCAGAAGAAUCUACCGGGGGAGAACAUGAAUGCUGAGGAUGGUGUCUCAAAAAGACCUGAUCAUCUCGCUCAACUACAUCAGAGUGGCGGAAGUGAGAUUUCAUCAGAGCUCAAAGGACAAUCCUACGCCGGCCAUAAUCUCGACAUUUUGGAACAAUUAAAAAACACCGCGCAAAACGGUGGUGACAUCCUUGACUUCCACAAAACGACGAAGGGGAUAUUCUUCUCGCAUCAAGAUGAAGAGGACAUUUUUAUUCAGUCGUUCGGUGCACUCGUUGUGAUGAGAGAAUCCGACGGGGGUUUUGAAGUGCAGAUAGCGAGCGAUAACUCCGAGGAAAUCAUUGGGCAUUCCCCUGAUACACUGUUCGAGCUUCCGUCAUUUUGUGAUGUAUUGCAAUCCUCGCAAAAACAGAAUUUUCUUGAUCAUGCUCAAUUCGUCUUGAGCGAUGACUACUCAGUUGAGGAGUCUGGCCCGGACGUUUUCUUCCUUUCUGUGUUAUCAUCCGAAGGAGAUACUCAGGGUACUUGGUGUACCAUGCAUACUAGCACAUUAUAUAGGAAUUAUGUGAUCUGCGAGCUACAGCCUGAGGGCAGAGGGACAAAGGAUCAUCACGAUUUCGAGAAUCCCGAGAGUCAAGCAAUAACGUCAGAUGGUCGGAGCUUGGAUAUGACUUCUGGGGCAUUCUUCGAUGAUUCCAGGCCUUCAGGGAAAGAUCUUGAUACCAGAAACAGCAAAGUUCCGGACUCUUCGGAGCUUCUCAAUAUGAUCCCUCGAAUUCUCCAGCGAAUUGCAAGUGCUCAAACGCUAGAAACGCUUGUUCAACAUACCAUCACCACUUUGCAACGUCUUGUUGAAUUUGACAGAACGACCAUGUAUCAUUUUGAUAGUGACCGCAACGGAAUCGUGGUCGCCGAUGCGGUUGAUACUUCAUCAAGAUUAACUUCAUACGAAGGCAUACAUUUCCCGGAAUCAACGUUCCCAGAAGCAUUGAAGAAACUAUACACACGCAAUAUUGUAUGUUCCUCUUGUUCUGGAAGUCAAGGCACUUCAAAGCUUCUAUAUCGAGCUUCCACCAACAAAAGGGCCCUCGAUAUGUCGAACACAUAUCUCUCUGCUGCACCAGCGCUCCCAACAACAGACACCGAAAAUCCUGUCGAGGCCUGUUUGUCAAUUCAAAUCAAUGUAUUUGGCAAGCUUUGGGGUCUCAUAUCAUGUCAGUCCUAUGACAGUAACCAAAGACUCCAUCCGCUCAUCCAGAAAAUCUGUCGGUUUGUGGCCGAGGCAGUUUCGAGUAACAUUGAGCGUCUUUCCUACACCUUACCGUUUCAAUUUCGAGAACCGGAUAUCUCCCUGAACCAAACGAGCACAACUCAGGCCAUCAAGACUCCAACUGGCGAUCUUCUCAGUCUGUUCGGGGCAGAUUAUGCCGCAGCAUCGAUUAUGGGCGAGGUUAAAAUCUUGGGGAAACCAAUCGACUCGCAGGAAGUUCUGGCAUUGCUUGAAUACAUGAAAGCUAAGGAAAAUGACACUGUGUUUUGGUCCGGAGAUAUCGCUGCCGAUUUUCAGGAUCUCAGCUACUCGCGCGGCUUUCAUCAUCUUUCCGGUCUGCUUUACGUUCCUCUUUCAGUCGACGGUCGCGAUUUUAUCAUCUUCUUCCGGGCUGUUUUAGAAAGCCAUACCCUCGCGUCUGACUCGGACAAAUCGAGUCGACAGCAUGAGUGGUCGUCAGCAGACUUUGGAAAGGCAUCAGUUCUGUCUUUGCUAUAUCGCACUUUCACUGAUAUAUGGCAAGAGAAGGAGGCUACCCUACAGCACAAUCAGUUAAUGAGGCUUCUACUCGCUAAUUCUGCGCACGAGUUCAGAACACCUCUUAAUGCCAUCAUCAACUAUCUGGAAAUUGUUCUCGAUGGCCCCCUGGAUCAAGAAACACGAGACCACAUUUCCAGAUCCCACUCAGCUUCCAAGUCAUUGGUAUACAUCAUUAAUGACCUUCUGGACCUCACAAAUGCUGAAAACCGACAAAGGUUGAUAAAGGAUGAGGCAUUCGAUCUCACAGAGACACUCAGGGAAGCAACAGAUAUAUUUUGGGAAGAAGCAAGACAGAAAAAUGUCGACCUGCAGGUAGUCCAACACGCAAUCCUACCUCCCGUCCUCGGAGAUCAACGACGAGUACGCCAGGUGAUCACAAACUUGAUCAGUAACGCUGUACAACACACAUCUACCGGAGCUGUAACAAUAGAGUCUUGUAUCGUACCUGAGCCGCUAGAGCCGGAUCACAUCUGUGUCGAAGUGGCAAUACACGAUACCGGGUCUGGCAUGUCCCAAGAGACUGUUGAAACAUUGUUCUGCGAGCUAGAGCAAGUCUCUAACAAGGGAUAUAUGCAGAAUCCUAAGUCAUAUGAGCAAACUUCGAGUGGCCAAGUGCUCGAGACUGAAAGUGUACUUGGUCUAGGCCUCGCACUGGUCGCCCGAAUCGUGCGCAAUAUGAAUGGACAGCUAAGCUUGAAGUCUGAAGAAGGGAAGGGAAGUUGCUUCAAGAUUAAGCUUGCAUUUCCUCUACCAGAUGAAAAGAGUGGUCAAAGGCAGAACUUGUGUGCUACGUCAAACGACCAUCUGCAGGACGAUGAAAGAAAACGAAACACAAAGCAAGAGAGUACAUCAUCACGUUGCGUAAAGUCUCAGGAAGAAGGGGUUGUUCCAUGUGAAUGUGGUCAUACUCCAGAAAUGAAAUCAGGUGAAUCCGUCGUGAAUAUCGAUGUGAGCUUGAAAACCGGUGAACCGAGAAACCUCUCACUUUCUGGCCAACAGCUCGAUCAGAGCACCAAUCCAGAUAAACCAACCAUUUCACUUCAGACUCAAGAUCCCAAGGAAUCAUUAGAAGCACCUAGGUCUCCCAUCAAAGAAAACAUCUCAAGCUCACCUACGACAAAAUCCCCAACUAACCAUCCUACCCGCCCACCAAGCUCCUCACCCGCAAUGGACUGGAACCUCCACGUCCUUGUCGCAGAAGACGACCCGAUCAACAGCUCAAUCGUGCAAAAGCGUCUUGAGAAAUUUGGCCACACAGUGCACAUGACAAGCAAUGGCAAAGAAUGCGCGUCUGCCUACAAAGCUCAUCCUACUCGUUUCGACGCAGUGCUGAUGGAUCUACAAAUGCCCAUCGUCGAUGGUCUCGGUGCAACACAGAUGAUACGCGAAUACGAGCAGCAAGAGCUGGCCAAUGAGACUACACCUGCACCUCGCAUUCCCAUUUUUGCUGUUUCGGCUUCCUUGCUCGAAGAGAAUCUGAAUUUGUAUAUGGAUGCGGGCUUUGAUGGGUGGGUCAUGAAGCCGAUUGAUUUCCAGAGGGUGGAUCGGUUGCUUGGGGGUGUUAGGCUUCAGUGGGUGCGGGAGGAGCUUGUUUAUCAGCCUGGUGUGUGGGAGGCUGGAGGGUGGUUUGAGGCUUAG